CACAGGUUAUUAUCCGAAGACUCAGAUUUUCAAUGGCGAACGAGAGACAAACGAAAAGAAAAGAAAAGGAUCGUGAAGGCAAAUUAACUAUCAGAGAACGAUUCUCUCCCUCAAUUGAAGCACCGACACUGUAACUGAGAACUCGAAAGGGAUCUGUUCGAUCGUUUCUCUUGAGGUUCUUCACUGAUCUAGUAAUCUUUCUUCCUUUCAUGGAUUCUUGAUCUUGAUAAGAAACAAGCGGCAAGAUUAGAGCUGUUACACGGAGAACCCCUUGGAUCAUAUGACAUGGUUACUUGAUUGGAUUGGUUCUCUGACAGUUGAUUCUGAUGUACUGUAUUUGCAUGUUCUCAUACCCAGCAAUUUUUUUAGCCAAUUCACGGAGGUGAGUGGUCAGAGACUGAUUUUUCUUCUACUGAUUUGGUAUUGUUUGGGAAUUCUGAGCUGAGUGGAAGAGCAGAAACGUUGUUAUGGCUGAAGGAGAGGAGCGGAUUGAGCUUAAAUUCCGCAUUUAUGAUGGAACAGAUAUAGGGCAUAGUACUUAUGCAUCCUCUAUGACUGUUGGAACUCUAAAGCAAAGGCUGGUUACAGAGUGGCCCCAAGAUAAAACAGUAUGGCCCAAGUCGAUAAAUGAUUUAAAAGUGAUACACGCUGGUAAAGUGUUGGAGAAUAACAAGACACUUGCUGAUUCCAGAAUAACCUAUGGUGACCUUCCUGGUGGAGUUAUCACCAUGCAUGUGGUAGUACAGCCUCCUGCAGCAAAAAAGAAGAUGGAUAAGAACCUAGACGAGAUGAAAAAGCCAAAUUCAUGCUCAUGUGUCAUCCUUUGAUAUGCAAGGAGUGUAUUAUUGCAGCUGCCUCGAGAUUUCUAAUCCUGACAUUUCACUGAACUCUUGGAAGGUUUGAUACUUGGGAAGCAUGCUUCUUUACUACAACUGUAGACAGCAUCAUGGUGGCAAAUUUUUUGUUUACUUAGUGAUACUAGUCCAGUUUCACAUUUUAUAUGGCAUUCAUAUAUGAGGGUUGCAUUUGCAAUUUCUAAUUGCUUUUGUUGUUUUCCUGUUGUAUUCAAUCUCUUAUAAGCAAAAUUAGACUAUCUACUCGGGAACUGUUUUCCGUUCUGGUUUUUUUCACCUUGUAGUAAAAACGUUGACAUGUGAAAAAUAUGAAUCGAAGCUUCUUUAUGCAAUUUCAGAA